AUGUCUUCCUGGAAAAAGCAAAACCGAAGCAGAAAAAGGAGAUUAGACAUAUCUGACGAUGAAGAUGAAAAACCCUCAAAACUUCAAUCUGGUGGACUCAAUACAGACAUCCAUCCAUUGCUUCGAGAAGUUGUACAGCUACCGUCAGCAAAGAAUCACAAUCCUUUAAAACAAAACACCAGAAGCAUUUUCGAUGCUACAUCGUUAAAUCCCUACUUGGAUCAAUCAAGUUUUGCCUUUUCAUCGUCACACAAGGCCAGACCAUUGAAUUUGAAUCCAAAAGGGAAAUUCAUAGCUCAAGGUGAAGCACUUAGAACAAAGCAAGAAGAACUUCGGCAAUUGGAUGCUAAGAGGGCAGAAACAGAAGCGCAGGGUUUACUUCCAGAUGAAAAUACUCGGGAAGUUCUAUAUAAGCCACACUUUCCUCCUCUUAUCGAGUGGUGGGAUCGUCCAUACUUAGAGACAAGGCUGUAUGAUGAAUUCUUUGAUAAGAAGAAGAAGUACGUUCUUGACAGCGAAGAUGCACCGGUAUCCAUAUACAUCCAGCACCCAGUUCCUAUCAAAGCUCCGUGGGAAAAACACAGCAGUGAAGACAAUACCAUGUAUUUAACCAAGAAAGAAAUGAAGAGAAAGAGAAGAAACGAGAGACAGGCCAAGCACAAGGAAAAACAAGAUAGAAUCAAAUUGGGAUUGGAUCCCCCACCUCCACCGAAGGUGAAGCUUUCGAACUUGAUGAAUGUUCUUACCAAUGAAGCAAUUAAAGACCCAACAGGCGUGGAGAUGAAAGUCCGCAAGGAAGUGGAAGACAGAAUUCAGAAACAUUUGAAGGCUAAUGAGGCUCGGAAACUAACUCAAGAAGAAAAGCAGGAAAAGAUCAAAAAGCAGCAUGAAAAGGAUAUGGACAAAGGAUACUUUACUACAGUUUAUCGUGUGGAGAACUUAGAAGACCCACAACAUUUCUUUAAGGUGGACAUCAAUGCCAAGCAACUCGAUCUCUUGGGCAUUGUGUUGAAAAACCCGAGGUUCAAUCUUAUUAUUGUAGAGGGAGGAGCGAAAGGUAUCAAGUUCUACAGGAAACUCAUGACACAGAGAAUUAAAUGGACGGAAUCCAACGCAGGGGCUGAUUUAUCUGCCAACAAAUGUACAGUGAUCUGGGAGGGACAACUAAAAGAUUUGCUGUUUAGGAAAUGGUCUCCUAUGUAUACUAGAGACGAUGAAGAGGCCUACAAGGUUCUAAGCAAGUUUGGACAUGAAAAUUAUUGGAGAGAAGCAUGUGCGAGCGAUGAACAAAACCAAACAGGAAUAUAA